GUGGAGUGGGUCCCCCUGCGGGAGAAGGCCGGGUGUGGUGCACGCAGCCCCCUUGGGGUGGUGCCGGCAGGCCUGGGGGGGCACAAGGCCUUCCAGGUCCUGGUCUUAGCUUCCCUCUGACGUUCAGUUACAGGCUCUGCCCCACCGUUCACUCAGCAAAGAUAAGCUAAGCAUGCUCUGGGACACAAGGGAGCAGCAGGAGUGACAGCAGGGGAAGGGGCACCAGCUGGGGGUCAGGGUGCCCUCCCUGGCUGUCCUCUGAAGGGUGGUUUUCAGUGAAUGAGUGAGGGGCAGACGGUUAUAGGCUGCUUCCCCGGCAAAGGGGACCCUGCAGGCGGGCAGGGCCUGUGCAGGCCCAACCUGGGUGACAGGCCUUGACCUCGAGCUGGUCCCCCUGCUGACUUGUCGCGUCUCUCCUGGAACCACCUGCCCGUCCUCUGCCUCACACUUCAAGGGGCCUGUGUUCCUGGGGGAGGAGCCUGAGGGAUGGCAGCCGGGCGGAACACAGGCUCGGCUGAGGGGGCCGUGUUACCUGCCAUGGCCUGACGGCUGGCAGGCAUGGGGGAAGGGGAGGCCGGGCCCCAGCACAAAAGGCCCUUGUGUGAGCAGAAGGCGCCUGGAGAGGAGGAGUGCCGGCCUCUUGGGGACUCUAGGGGCCUGGAGAGUGGCGACUGCUGCUAGGGUGGCCCCUGGGCUCCCCCAGGAGCCUGAAAGGGGGCCUCAUACUGUGGCCCCAUUCUGUCUUAAGCAGUUCCAGCUACAAGCUGGAGUCCCGAGCAGCUGAGGGAGCCGCCCCCACAUCAGCAGGGCAGGACCAUCACAGGCUGCAGGCCCAGCUGCACCUGGACGUGGUUAAGGAUCUAGGCUCCGGCUCGGAUUUCCUUGCAGUGGGAAGGCAGCAAGUCACUACACCUCCUGGAACCCCCUUCUCUUCUGUCACCUGGGAGCAGUGAGAAUAGUUUCCACCUGCCAUGGCUGUGCGGGGCACCCCACGAGAGGACUGGAAAUGCAGGGAGCUUGCAUGGGGGAGGAGCUGCUGCCCCUUCUUCUCAGUACUCAGGCCAGAGUGGACCCCAAGAAAUGGUAGACAAACCAGUCCGCAGACAGUUUCUAGCCCCAGCACUGUCUCUGGGGCCACCCCAUACCCAGUGUCCCUCAGCGUGCCCCCUGGGUGAGCCUAGGGAGGCCAGGACCCCCCACCUCUGAAUCUGUCAUCACACCUCAGAGGUGGGGAUCUGAAAACCAGGGCUCCCUGCCUCCCUGCUCCCCACCCCACAGGGGGACACCUGCCAAUGGCUCAGGCCCUCCUCUGCCCCCUCCCUUGGAACACUCCCCCUAGCCACAUCCUGGAGGGGCCCUCGGCUCCCAUACUGGGCAGGUCUGACUUCACAAGUGGAAAAACACCGAUCCCAUAGUUUCCAUGUGAAGUCUUCCCGCUGCGGUCUCCUCACUCGGAGGACACAGAGCGUGGCGGCAGGGGCCGGAGGCCUGGGGCAGCCAGCUUCUCUGCUUACGCGCUGGCUGCCCGCCCCUUCUCUCGCAGACGCGGCGGGGAGGGGCUGCUGCUCUAAGACCCAUGGGGCUCCCUCCUCGCCUGUCCACCUCAGUGGAGGUUUGCGGGGGGGAUGGGACUUGAAGGGAGGGCACAGAGCCUGAUGCUUUCAGACCACAUGUUUUCUCUGAGCUUCAGACGCAAGAGCUAGAGUGAGGGAGAUGGCAGCUUUUGUGGCCACUGAGUGUUUGGGGGCCGGCCUCUCUCUGCAUGCAUCAGCCCACUGAGCCCUGGUGACAGCGCAGGAAGUAGCAACUGAUAGCGUAACGAAGUCAUGUGAGGGCUCAAAGUCACUCGGAACCAGAAGAUGUGCUCCAGAAUCCCCCUGCGCCUGCUGCCGCUGCCGCUGCUGCUGCUGCUGGCCCCAGAGCCCGGGGUGCGGGGCUGCCCAUCCGGCUGCCAGUGCAACCAGCCACAGACGGUCUUCUGCACCGCCCGGCAGGGAACCACUGUGCCCCGCGACGUGCCACCCGACACAGCGGGCCUGUAUGUCUUCGAGAACGGCAUCACCACGCUCGACGCAGGCAGCUUUGCCAGCCUGCCGGGGCUACAGCUCCUGGACCUGUCGCAGAACCAAAUCGCCAGCCUGCCCAGCGGGGUCUUUCAGCCGCUCGCCAACCUCAGCAACCUGGACCUGACGGCCAACAGGCUUCGCGAGAUCACCAACGAGACCUUCCGUGGUCUGCGGCGCCUGGAGCGCCUCUACCUGGGCAAGAACCGCAUCCGCCACAUCCAGCCCGGGGCCUUUGACACGCUCGAUGGCCUCCUGGAGCUCAAGCUGCAGGACAAUGACCUGCGGACCCUGCCCCCCUUGCACCUGCCGCGCCUGCUGCUGCUUGACCUCAGUCACAACAGCCUCCCAGCGCUGGAGCCUGGCACCCUGGACACGGCCAACGUGGAGGCGCUGCGGCUGGCCGGCCUGGGGCUGCGGCGGCUGGACGAGGGGCUCUUCAGCCGCUUGCGCAACCUCCACGACCUGGACGUGUCUGACAACCAGCUGGAGCGCGUGCCACCCGCCAUCCGGGGCCUGCGGGGCCUGACACGCCUGCGGCUGGCGGGCAACACCCGCAUCGCCCAGCUUCGGCCCGAGGGCCUGGCCGGCCUGGUGGCCUUGCAGGAGCUGGACCUGAGCAACCUGAGCCUGCAGGCCCUCCCGCACGAGCUGUCGGACCUCUUCCCCCGCCUGCGGCUCCUGGUGGCCGCCCGCAACCCCUUCAACUGCGUCUGCCCCCUAAGCUGGUUUGGGCCUUGGCUACGGGACAGCCACGUGACACUAGCCAGUCCAGAGGAGACACGCUGCCACUUCCCUCCCAAGAAUGCCGGCCGACUGCUCCUAGACCUCGAGUAUGCGGACUUUGGCUGCCCAGCCACCACCACCACAGCUACGGCACCCACCACAAAGCCCGCAGUGUGGGGGCCCACGUUCUCCCCUUCCAGUCCAGCCCCCACCUGGCUCAACCCCACAGAGCUGGUCACGGAGGCCCCCAGCCUGCCCCCUGCAGCCCCGCCCACGGUGCGGCCUCCACCCCAGCCUCAGGACUGCCCAGCCUCUGUUUGUCUCAACGGUGGCACCUGCCACCUGGGGGUGCAGGGGCACCUGGAGUGCCUGUGCCCUGAGCUCUUCGUGGGCCUGUACUGCGAGAGCCACGUGCGGCAGGGGCUCCCGGCCAGCCCGGCCCCGGCCACGCUGCAGCCGCCGCAGCCCCCGGUCUUGGGCAUAGAGCCGGCCAGCCCCACCUCCCUGCGAGUGGGGCUGCGGCGCUACCUGCAGGGCGGUGCCCUGCAGCUCAGAAGCCUCCGCCUCACCUACCGCAACCUGUCAGGCCCCGACAAGCGGCCCGUGACGCUGCGCCUGCCGGCUUCCCUUGCUGAGUACACGGUCACCCAGCUGCGGCCAAACGCCACCUACUCCAUCUGCGUCAGGCCUCUGGGCGUUGGGCGAAUGCCCGAGGGCGAAGAGGCCUGUGGGGAGGCCCGCACACCCCCCGCCAGCCGCUCCAACCACGCGCCUGUCACCCAGGCCCGAGAGGGCAACCUGCCGCUCCUCAUCGCGCCGGCCCUGGUGGCCGUGCUCCUGGCCGCGCUGGCGGCCGUGGGGGCGGCCUACUGCGUGCGGCGGGGGCGGGCGGCGGCGGCGGCGGCUGCGCACGGCAAAGCACAGCUGGGGCCCGGCGCUGGGCCCCUGGAGCUGGAGGGCGUGAAGGCCCCCUUGGAGCCGGGCCCCAAGGCGACUGAGGUCGGUGGGGAGGCCCCACCCAGCGGGCCCGAGUGUGAGGUGCCACUCAUGGGCUACGCUGGGCCCAGCCCCCAGGGGCCCCUCCCCGCCAAGCCCUACAUCUAAGCCCGGGAGCGACGAAGCUGCGAGGCCGGGCUCUCAGCCCCGCUGGGACCCGCCGGCGCCCUCCUGCGGCCAGACCAAGGAAGUUCUCAGAUCCCUACCGGGGGACACAGCAGGGUGGGCACUGUGUGACCACAGCAAGACCCCGCCCCUCCGUCUCCUCAUCCGUGAGAUCCUGGGACCCAGGUGACCACCUCGAAGGUGCCCCCCAGCCUGCGUGCCUACGAGGAGGGCGUCUGCCCUGUCCUCUGCAACGUACAACCCCUGGGGAAAGGUGGGGCGUGCCCAGCCGUGUGCUGGUAACACAGGCCCAGGGCUGCCAGGGCCCCCCUCCCAGGGAGACUCUGGGGGCCAGUGAAGGAAGCCCCCAGAAAGACAGCAGAGGGAGAGUGGGGCUGGGGAUGGGGCGUAGGGUCAGACUCAGCCCCAAGGAGCAAAGGAACAAAAGAAACUGGAAGGACAGACACUUUAGGAACAUGUUUUGCUUUGGUUUUUAAAAAUAUAUUUAUAAGAGAUUCUUUCCCAUUUAUUCUGGGAAAAUGUUUUUCAAACUCAGAGACAAAGACUUUGGUUUUUGUAAGACAAACAAUGAUAUGAAGGCCUUUUGUACGAAAAAUAAAAGAUAAAGUGAGUCUGUUUCUCUGGCGUAGCCCAGGGUACCUGGGCUGGGUGGAAGGAGGGUGGGCAUAAAGGGAUAACUCUCUCUGGGGGAAGCUGGGGGCCAGGAACCCUCUCCCCAGUGAGCACCAGGCCCUGAUCAGCAACCCCUGGGCUUAGGAGGGCUUCCCGACCAUGCCAGGAAGGGUGGCCCUUCCAGGUACCCUGUGCUGGGCUAUGUCUGCCCAGCCUCAACCAGAGCGCCUGGUGCAGCCUCUCAGCUGAGACUGGGAUGCAGGCGGGAGCAGAGCUGGGAGCUGAGCAGCUUCUAACCUCGGAGAAGAGGGACACGGGGGCAGCCUCACCCCACCCAGGCCCAGUGGUCUGCCAAGAGGAACUGUAGUGCUCCUGGGAAACUGGGGAAGGCUCAUGGCAGAUAAAGGCCAAGAGGGUCCCCAAGGAGCCCUCCUUGGGGAAGGGCCUGAUAAGCAUUUCACUGCCUACCUUCAUCUGUGAAGGGUAUACCUAGAACUGUGUCCUGCAGGCCCCCACAGAUGGUGGUGAGCCAGGCAGAGCACACAGCCCAGCCCUCCCUGCAGUUCUGACAACCUUCUGCGUGGGCUCAGGCUAGGAAACCCUGCUCCCCGCCUCUUGCUCCAGCAGCAAAGAGGGGUCUUAGUGGAGGGGUAGCACAGAUUCUGAAUGACAGGAACUGUCUGGUGAGUGGAGAGGAAGGGCCAAGCCAGGGCUGUGAUGGCACUUGGGAUGUGCCAGGCUUUCCAGAAACCCCGGAAGUGGGAGUGUUUUCCAGGAAGGCCAUAGACUGUGUGGGGGCAGGGCCAGGGAUGCAGGACUGCAGCUCUGGCCUGGACUGGGUGCUGGGAGCUGGGAAACAAGAGCGCUAGCACAGCACCUUCUCCCAUGACCCUGAGACGGGAGGCAGAGGGGGCCCUGGGGCCACAGAGAGGAGUGGCGAGCACUAAGCAAGCCUCCCCGAGGCCCCAUCCUGGGUCCCCUCUGUGGGUCACGGCCCCUGGGCCCCAUCAGCCUCGCCCUGCACGGAAAGCGGCUGCUCAGCCAGGCCUGGGGAGCAGGCCCUGUGGCUCAGGGCACUGAUGUCAGCGCCGAGUCAGGCCCAGCCACGCGAGGUUCUGGAUUCAAUUAGCGGCUGCUGAGGGUUCUGGCACGGGAAGGGAGGAGGUAGGCGGUGGGUCGUGGCGGGCAGAGGAUGGUGGCAGUGAGCCUGGGUGGGGCCCCUUCUUCCUGAGGCAGCGGUGGGCCAGGUGGAUUUCCUGUGAGCCUGGGUCCCAUUAGGGGAGCGGCUAUGGCAAGGCCUGCCCUCCCCCUCGGCAGCCCUGUCAAAGGGGCCAUUGUGGGCCUGUGGGCUGCUGCUGAACACAGCAUUGGCUGUUGCAUAAAUGUUUUCAUUGCAAAGCCAAACCUGGCCUAGUGAGAUGGUAGGAGGUGGGGUGGGGAGGCGGGACCCAAAGAUGGGCUGAAUGCUCACUCCAGCCCUCCCAGAAAGGGUAUCUGGGGUGUCACAUCAGAUCAGGGGCUGGGGGAGUGGAGGGAGGCCCAGGGGCAGAGUGGAGACCAAGCCAAGAUGCAACCCUUACGCAGGGCAAUCCCAAUGGCCCCAGGCCAGGGUCCAGGGACAGAUGUGGGGAGAUGCCAGUGGGAUUGUUGGGUCCUUGCUGCCGCAGGCCCUGUGCCACAGGGACUCCCGUUAACGCCCAGCAAAUGCCCUACAGAGAGAAGCACCGGCUGGGAGAGGUGAGCCAGCAGCUUGCUCAGGGCAGGCGGGGAUAGGAUCCCGACAAAGGCACCCUGGCCCAGUCCUGGGGCUGCCAGCCAUGUGGGCCUCCAGGAGAUGGGUGGGGCCGCCAUGAAGAGCAGAAGCUCUCUGGUGUGAAGCCCCAGAGACUGAACCCCAGCAUCCACCCUGCGUGGACUGGCUGCUGCGGUGACCUCAACAGAUACUGAACUUCUCUGGACUCAGACGCCUCUUGUGGAUCACGAGGAGAUAUGUCCCCCUCUGCCUGGCGCCUGUGAUGGGUCCAGCUGACCUUUCACCCACCCAGAAGCAUCGCCCCGAGACAGUGUUUCCGCACCUCCCAGUCUACAAUGGGAGCUGCUCCUUCAGUGCCAGGCCCGCCCUGCCACUUACCCUCCCACCUCCACCCUGCCCGGAGCUUGGCUUCACGGACAGGCCCUUGAUGCCUUGCUCUUCCAACCAUGGCAUGUCUCCUCUGAGUGAGCCUUGCUCCACGGACCAUGGGGAUGAGCAGGGAGGAGGACACAGGUGGGAGCCAUGACAGAAGCCUCUGAAGGGUCAGCCCUGGGCGCUCCCUGGGAGACGACAGGGAGAGGUGUGUGCCUGAUCCCCGGCCCCCUCUAGCUUUUAAAAGAACACUCCCUGUUCUGCUCAAAUUGAGAGGGAAAAUCUGUAAAACAGAGAAGAAAUUGAGGAGGUACAGUGGAACUCCAUGGCUGUCCCCGCAUCUGACACCCGACAUGCUUCCCAUCUACAGUCCAGAUCACUGAGCAGAGCUGACACCCAGGGGAGCCCGAGGGGUUCCGCCACCACACGGGGCUGGAGAGUCCCCACUCCCCUGCCAAGGGUGUGGCCUGGCAGGGCAGGGGCCAGGCCUGGGGGAUGGAGGGGGCGGGACACAGUCUGGCCACCCAUCUGGGAGUGAUUUGAGAAAUUCCAGGCCCUGCUGGCCCUGCGAAGCUAUUCUUAACUGCUGUAAUUACAGGGUCAGCCUUGGC